AUGCCUCCAGAUCGAUUACCAGACGUUCCCGGCAGCUGGAAGGAGAAGGAGCUCAUACGCGAUCUGCUUCACGACUACGAGAAAAAAGCGCGACCUGUCGUGGAUGGGGUAUCACCUAUCGCAAAACUCUCCGAGUUUCUUUCAGUUCAACAAAUCUCCAUUGAAUUUGGUCUUUCACUUAUUCGAAUUUUGGAUAUGGAUGAAAACAAACAGGUCCUCACAACUAACAUUCGAACCCUAUACAAAUGGAAAGAUUAUCAUAUGGUCUGGGAUCCUGCGGAGUACGAUAACAUUACUUCUGUCAAUAUUCCGAGCUCAAAGCUUUGGCUCCCGGACAUAGCCCUAUACAAUUAUGCUGAUGAGAGAUUGGAAGAGCGACGGAAGUCCGAUCUACUUGUUUCCUACACUGGAACAGUGGAGUGGACGCCACUCGCAAUCUACAAGAGUGCCUGCUAUGUGAAUAUUAGGUACUUCCCGUUUGAUGUACAGGAAUGCAACUUCAAAUUCGGUCCCUGGACGUAUGAUGCUGCAAGAACCAACAUUACCUUCUAUAACAACUCAGAUCAGUGGUUUAUCGAGGAUUACGAGGCAAGUCCAGAGUGGAAAUUGAUAACCACAAGGGCUGAAUUUCAUGGUAUCAAAUACGAAUGUUGCGCAGAGAUCUACCCAGAUAUCACCUUUUCAUUGAAAAUUAAGCGUCAACCUGCCUUCUACAACUACGUCAUCAUUCUGCCCUGUUUCCUUCUCUCCUCACUGACACUCGUCCUCUUCUGGUUGCCAGCUGAAACACCCGCCAAGAUGCAACUAGGUAAAUUUAUUUAA